UGUGUGUCGCUAAGAAGUGGGAAAACAAUCUGGGAAACUCUGUUACAGUCAUGGAUUGUUUGAAUCAAAGAAUCUACAAUUUUCCCUGAUUCCGCUGUCGGAUUUCGUCUUCAACAAACUGGUUAUCACACGGCGGAAGAUUUAUUACUCGACGUAACCGUUUGACACUGUUGUGUUGCGAUGAAAGAUAAAAUGUCUUCGAAAGAAAAUCGAAAGCCUAAAAUAAAGAAAGGAGCCAUGUCUAAAGACGACGAAAUCGGAGACAAUAAAGCAGCAAAAGUAUGAUUAUUAAUGUUGGUUUCUCGCCGACUUGAAACGAAUGAAACGAAAUGGCAGAGCCAGAAAUGAAUGGGCUGGUUGAAGAGGAAUCAACUGUUAAAGGAAGUGGUGAUACACAAAUUCAAAAGCUGCAAGAAGCAGUAACGGAUGAGGUAAUAGGACAAGAACCUAGCUCAGAAGAACAGAAUCAAAAAGAGCAGGUCCAAGAAGAUCGAAAACAAGAAGAGCAAGUUGAACAAGAACCAACACAAGGGGAAGAACUCGAAGAAUCAGAAACCAAACAAGAAGAACGAAAACAGGAAGUAACAUUAGAAGAACCAAAACAAGAGGAACCAGCUCAAGAGGAACCAAAACAAGAGGAACCAGUUGAACAAGAACCAAAACAAGAGGAACCAAUUGAAGAAAAACCAAAGCAAGAGGAACCAGUUGGAGAAACAAAACAAGAGGAACCAGCCGAAGAAGAACCAAAACAUGAGAAACCAGUUAAAAAAGAACCAGAACAAGAGGAAAUAGUCGAAGAAGAACCGAAACAAGAGGGACCAGUUGAAGAAGAAACAAGACAAGAGGAACCAGACGAAAAAGAACGGGAACAAGAGGAACUAGUUGAAGAAGAACCUAAAAAAGAGGAACCAGUCGAAGAAGAAACGAAACAAGAGGAACCAGUCGAAGAGGAACCGAAACAAGAGGAAGCUGUUGACGAAGAACCGAAAAAAGAGGAACAAGUUGAUGGGGAACCGAAACAAGAAGAACAAGUUGAAGAACUAAAACAGGAGGAACAAAUCGAAGAACCAAAACAAGAGGAACCAGUCGAAGAAGAGCCAAAACAAGAGAAACCAGUCGAAGAAGAACCAAAGAAAGAGGAACCAGUAGAAGAAGAACCGAAGCAAGAGGAAUUAGUUGAAGAAGAUUUAAAAGAAGCAGUCUACGAGGAAUCAAAGGUCGAUGUACCUAUUGCUAUAGACACAUCUGGUUUAUGUGAAGAACCAAAACAGGAGAAACAAAUAGAAGAAGAACCGAAACAAGAGGAAGCAGUCGAAGAAGAACCAAAGCAAAAAGAACCAGUCGCAGAAGAACCAGUCGACGAAGAACCAAUACAAGAGGAACCAGUCGAAGAAGAACCAAAGCAAGAGGAACCAGUCGAAGAAAAACCAAAACAAGAGAAACCUUUUGAAGAAGAACCGCAACAAGAGGAACCUGUUGAAGAAGAACAAAAACAAGAGGAACCAGUCAAAGAAGAACCAAAACAAGAAGGACAAGUCGAAGAAGAACCGAAACUAGAGGAACCAGUAGAGGAAGAACCAAAACAAGAGGAACCUUUUGAAGAACAAAAAGAAGCAGUCGCUGAGGAAUCAAAGGCCGAUGCACCUGUUGCUAUAGAUACAUCUGGAGUAUACGAAAAACCAAAACAAGAGCAACCAGUUGAAGAGGAAUCAAAACAAGAGGAACCAAUUGAAGAAGGACCAAAACAAAAGGAACUAGUCGAAGAAGAACCAAAACAAGAAGAACAAGUCGAAGAAGAACCAAAACAAGAGGAACCAGUUGAAGAAGAACCGAAACAAGAGGAACCAGUUAAAGAAGAACCAAAACAAGAGGAACCUGUUGAAGAGGAACCUAAACAAGAGGAACCAGUUGAACAAAAACCCAAACAAGAGGAACCUGUUGAAGAAGAACCGAAACAAGAGGAACCUGUUGAAGAAGAACAAAAACAAGAGGAACCAGUCAAAGAAGAACCAAAACAAGAAGGACAAGUCGAAGAAGAACCGAAACUAGAGGAACCAGUAGAGGAAGAACCAAAACAAGAGGAACCAGUUGAAGAAGAACCAAAACAAGAGGAACCUUUUGAAGAACAAAAAGAAGCAGUCGCUGAGGAAUCAAAGGUCGAUGCACCUGUUGCUAUAGAUACAUCUGGAGUAUACGAAAAACCAAAACAAGAGCAACCAGUUGAAGAGGAAUCAAAACAAGAGGAACCAGUUGAAGAAGAACCAAAACAAAAGGAACUAGUCGGAGAAGAACCAAAACAAGAAGAACAAGUCGAAGAAGAACCAAAACAAGAGGAACCAGUUGAAGAAGAACCAAAACAAGAGGAACUAGUCGAAGAUGAACCAAAACAAGAACUAGUCGAAGAAGAACCAAAACAAGAAGAACAAGUCGAAGAAGAACCGAAACAAGAGGAACCAGUUGAGGAAGAACCAAAACCAGAGGAACUAGUCGAUCAAGAACCAAAACAAGAAGAACAAGUCGAAGAAGAACCGAAACAAGAGGAACCAGUAGAAGAACCAAAACAAGAGGAACAAGUUGAAGAAGAACCAAAACAAGAAGAACAAGUCGAAGAAGAACCAAAACAAGAGGAACCAGUAGAAGAACCAAAACAGGAGGAACCAGUCGAAGAAGAACCGGAACAAGAAAGACAGGUUGAAGAAGAAGAGCAUGUUGAUGUAGCAGUACCCAUUUCUAUAGUGUCAUCUGGAGUGCCGGAAGACACAAAACCGGAAGAAGCUGUUGAAGAAGAGACCAAACAGAAGGAACCCGAAGACGAAGAAACGAAACAAGAGGAACCAGCUACGGAAGAAACGAAACAAGAGAAACCUGCUGAAGAAACAAAACAAGAGGAACCAGCUACAGAAGAAACGAAACCAGAGGAAGCAGUUGCGGAAGAAACAAAGCAAGAAGAACCACCAAAAGAAGACGGCCCAGAAGAACCAAUCGAGGAAAACCAAAAAAUUGAUGUACCGGAAACAGUUGCAAUAGUUGUAUAUGGAGCGUCGGAAGAAGAACCAAAGCGAGAAGAACCCGUCAAAGUGCCAGCCGAACAAGAAACUGAUGAAGCGAAGCAAAUUUCAAUACCAGAAGAGCAAGACGACAAACAACAUGAGGAUAAAACGCAAAUAUUACAUCAUGAUGAAAAGUCAGAAGAUGUUAUCAUUAAUGAAGAUAAGUGUGUAGAUGAGGGAACACAUGAAGUAGACAGUGCGCGUGAAGAAGGGGAGGAGGGAGCCAUUGUCAAAGUUAAGGUCGCGGAGGAAGCAAUACCUCUAGACGAUGGUGAACUAAAUAAAAUCGUUAUAUUAAGUGAAACUGAUAAUGUUCAGCCGGAUGUAGUUGCAACAACCAACGGGGUGUGGGAAAAGUAUGAUGAUGACAGUGACGGGGAGAUUGAGGUCCAUGUGGAAAAGCACUCCCAGGAGAACGAGCCUCUUUUAUUGGUAGAUGACGGCAGUGACGAAGAGACAUCUGCAGAUGAUUUGAUGGCAAGAGAUGAUGAAGAGGAAGUUCUUUUCAAAGGUGAUGUAAUUAAGAUAGACUCUGCUGCAGAUGAAACUCAAGAGGCGCUUGUUUGCCACGAGAUGAGCGUUGACGAAUUCGAAAGGAAAACUGACGAUGAAACACUAAUCGUUCCGAACAAUAGAGACAGAACUGUAUGCAGCGGCCUAGAAGCACUCUUUCCGGGAGAGGAGAUACAAGAGGUGAAUGCAGAGCCUAGAAGUGUCCCGGAUGAGAUCGAUAUUCACCUUGAUGAUGAAGUUGAAGAAGAGCAAGUAGAUGUGGAGAAACCCUUAGAAAGAGAUGCUCCACAACCCAUCCAUGAAGAAAUAUGUGCAGAAAUUAAGGAAACACAAGAGAGCGGUAUCGAGCUAAUAUGGAUGGACGAUGAACAGGAAAAACCAAGGAAUACACCAGAUGAAAAUCAAAUAGACCAUGACAAGGUACUCGAAGGCAUGUUUGAGAAUGAAAUAUCGAAGAAUAAGGCUUCAAGACCUUUAGCAAGUGAAGAAGAGCGAAGUAUUGAAGUAUUGUCUGAAGUGGAGCGUAUCGAAAGGCAAGCACUUCUGGAGAGUGUCAACGAGCCUGUUCAAACGGAAGUACAACAAAAGAGAAAAUCUCAUGAAUGGGACCUCUUAGAAAAGUGGAAAGAACUUGAGGAGGGUUCUCCACAGAAAGGCGAAAGUAACUUGGAAAUCCAGCCACUUGAAACGUACCAGACUCAAGCGGAAUCAUCAUACCCUCUUUUCACCGAGCAAAAACCUCACGGAGAAAGCGAAACUCCGGCAGAGAUACCUUCAAGGCCUACAGGGGAAGAAUCUCGACAACUUGUGAAGGUCCAAGCAAUUUCAAGUCCAGAAAAACAGACACCAUCAUCACCUACUGUACACGAAUACGAAACCCGAGAGACCUCAGAACCGAUUGUCACCGAGACAGAAACAGUCGAAACAACUCCUUCAUCCGUGACCAAAGUGAAGACUACUCAAACCGUUGCAAAGUCAAGGAUUAUUAAAACGAGGACGGAGGUUUUACCAGAAUCCCAGAAGCCAGAGAUCCGAGAUAUUUCCCAAUCCGAGACCGAUCAUGAGGUACCUCCGAGAUCUCCAACGGAAAGAGUGGUGGUCAAGGCCAACUACAUUGAUGAACAGGGGAAACCGGCAGAGCCAAGUGAGGUGACAACCCCAACCAAAGUCAUAGUCCAGGAGCAUGAAGCGCCAUCUCCAAAAUCCAAAGCGGUGAUGUUUACAGGUGUACGACCGCAGUCUGUCACAUCGGUAGAAUCUGUCCGAGGGGAGCAUGAUGGCAUGCCACCACUUGCCAAUGAGGAGGAAAGUGACAUAGAUGACUCUUGUUUACACCUUGCAAAACACAUACCUGCAAAGACAGGCCCCUCAAAGGCCCCUAAAGAAGGCCCCUUGGUCGAAGUUCCCUCCCCUGAAAAAGAAAAGAAGGAGGAUGAGAGUGAGGGUAAAGAGAAUGAAGGCGAAGAUGAUGAAAAACCUGUGCUGGUGAUACUUACUGAAGAAGGUGAUGAUACAACAGAGAAACCAUUGCUUGACCACACAAAAGACAAGGGCAGGCAAAAGUGCUGUCUUAUAUUGUAGACAGAAGACUCUUUUAAAUAAUUUAACAACAAUGUGCAAAAAUGCUCAUACAUUUUUUUGCAAGGCAUUGCUGGCAGUGCCGUAGCAGGCCACGUAAGAUCGGGGUGGGGGCACAAAUCAGAAACAUUAAGAAAAUAUUAGGGGGGGGGGGGGGCACAGCCAUGCACCUAACUAGUUAUUUUCUUUUAAUUUAAAAAAAAUAUUGGGGAGGCACAUGCCCCCAGUGCCCCAACUCCUGCUAUGGCCCUGGCUGGCUUUUAUAGUCUGCACACAAUCAUGAAAAAUAGAAUGACACAGAAAAACCAUCCCUAUAUGACAUAAAAGCAGGGGAAGGCAAAAUCCUGUGUAAUAUUGUAAGCAUUGAAUCAACAGCAAGUAAACGCUUCAUAUAAUAACAGGAAACGACAGAAGACAAUUUUGCAAUGCAUUGCUGGCUAUUAUAGUCUGCACACAAUCGUGAAUGGUUGAGCUCAAAAGCCGAAUAAAGCUGUAAAAACUAAGUAGUAAAAAUAUUAUUAAAUACUAUAAUAAAUGAUUUUUAGUGAAAA